AUGACGACCUCGCUCCCCCAGGAGCCGGUUUGCCUGCUCCAGCGCAUCAGCAAAAUCGCCACCGCGGCCUCUUCCUCCCGCUCCUCGAAACCGUCCUAUCCGCCCGUCUCCAGCAUCCCACGGACCUCCCCCUCGCGCCUGGCCGCGGCGUUGCCAGACGCCCCUUCCCACGACGAUGCCGCCCAGAGCACGAUACUCUACCUCGCCUACGGCUCCAACCUCAGCGCCGAGACUUUCCUCGGCGCCCGCGGCAUCCGCCCCGUCUCCCAGGUGAACGUCUCGGCCCCGUCGCUCUCCCUCGUCUUCGACCUCCCCGGCCUGCCCUACCGCGAGCCGUGCUUCGCCAACUCGGCGCCGCGCAAGGUGCCCAAGCUCCCGGACCCGUCCGACCCGCCCAAGUUCCCGCCCAUCCCGCCGCCGCCCCAGCCCCCGACGUCCGCCACCACCGCCGGCGGGGCGAGAACCUCCGAGCUGGGCUGGGACAAGGGCCUCUUUGGCGUCGUCUACGAGGUCACCCGCGAGGACUACGCCACGAUCGUCGCAACAGAGGGCGGCGGCUCCUCGUACACCGACAUCCUCACACCCUGCAUCCCCCUCCCGCCCCGCGUCUCCGUCCCCGAGAAGCCGCCCAUCGACAUCCCCCGCCCGUUCCUCGCGCACACGCUCUACUCCCCCGCGAUCCCGGACGCCGACCCCGAGGAGCCGAACGACGACCCCAAGAAGCCCGAAGACCCCCGCAAGAAGUGGUACUGGCGCUUCAUCCGGCCCAACCGCCGCCCGGACCCGGCCUACGCCCAGCCCUCGGCGCGCUACCUCAAGCUCAUCACCGACGGCGCCGCCGAGCACGAGCUGCCCGACGACUACCAGCGCUGGCUCAACAGCCUGCAGCCCUACGCCGUGACGACGUGGCGGCAGCAGGUCGCUCAGUGGCUGCUGACGGCCCUGUUCCUCCCCAUCCUGCUGGUUAUUUUCGGGCUCAACAAGAGGAUCGCCAACAAGGAGGGCAAGGUGCCGCUGUGGCUCGGCGUCACGCUCGGCGUCAUCUUCAACCUGCUCUGGAUGACGUACGACGGCGUGUUGAAGCCCGUGUUCGGGGACGGCGAGAGGACGCAGGACGAGGACGAGGACGAAGGGAAGAUGCCGCGGCGGAGGUCGUGGAGGGGGCGGCGCGCGGGUGUUGACGAGGAGAAAAUGGGACUGCUAGAGGAUAUGGACUGA